UGUAAAUAUAGCCCUGUAUGUCUACAGCUGGAAAAGACAGUUUAGAUUGUGAAUUGAGUAGCCAGGCACAGUCCCCACUGACCCAGAACGUGACAGCAGUGGAGGGUGGAACCGCAACGCUCACCUGCAAGGUGGAUCAGAAUGACAACACCUCCCUCCAGUGGUCGAACCCAGCACAGCAGACCCUCUACUUCGACGACAAGAAAGCUCUACGGGACCACCGGAUCGAGCUCGUACGAUCUUCCUGGCAUGAACUCAGCAUCAACAUCAGUGACAUCACGCUGUCAGACGAGGGCCAAUACACGUGCUCUCUCUUCACCAUGCCCGUCAAGACUGCCAAAGCCUUUCUCACGGUGCUGGGUGUUCCUCAAACUCCAGUAAUCAGCAGCUUCAAAGGCCCAGUGAACGAGGGUGACGUGGUGGAGCUGACCUGUACCACAAUAGGCAGUAAACCGGCUGCUCACAUCAGAUGGUUCAAGGGCGACACCGAGAUCGAAGGUGUGCCCUCUACGAAAGAGCCUGACUCCAAGGGGAAGACGUUCACUGUCCGUAGCACCCUGAGGCUCCCAGUGGAUCGAGAUGAUGAUGGUGUGGCCGUGAGGUGUAGCGUGGACCACGAAUCACUCAGAUCAGCGCCACAGGUGGCCACACAAAUCCUGAACAUUCAGUAUGUACCUUCAGUGAAGAUUGAUUUCUCCAGGAACUUUGCCCGGGAGGGAGACGAGCUGAGAUUGGAGUGUCAAGCAAUUGGAAAUCCAGAGCCGGAAGCUGUGAAAUGGAAGAAGGAUGGUGCUGAGCUUCCUGAUCCGGACAGAAUGAUUGUGGAGGGGAACGUCCUGAUCAUCAGCGCCCUGAACAAAACCGACAACGGCACCUACUAUUGCGAAGCAGCCAACACCAUGGGCCACAACAGUGCCGAGUAUAUUCUCUUUGUAUAUGAUGCUCCCAUCAUCCUGUCUCCCACCAUCAACAUUCCUUCCUCCCGUCCCGUUAGGACAGGGACAACCCCUGUCACCAUAGCAACCAGCACCACCAAACCUGGCAAAGGUUCCGGGGCGCGAGCCUCGGUGAGGUCCUCGCCCCCGACCGGCCCGGCUCAAGAUCCCAGUGCCCUGGCGGGUCAGUCUGGUCCGGACCAUGCCGUGAUCGGAGGAGUUGUGGCUGUCGUUGUCUUCGUCACCUUGUGUUUGACCAUUGUCCUUGGCCGUUACCUGGCGCGACAUAAAGGAACGUACCUGACCAAUGAGGCAAAGGGAGCUGAAGAUGCACCAGACGCUGACACAGCCAUCAUCAACGCUGAGGGCAGCCAGGCCAAUGCCGAGGAGAAGAAAGAGUACUUUAUCUGAUCACCCCCAGCACCUCCCUCAUCAUCUUCUCUCUCCUAACAUCUGCCCCAAAACUGCUUCAUCAUCUUCUCUCUCUCCUGACAUCUGCCUCAAUUGUCCCAAAACUGCCUCAAAAUCUUCCAUAUCUGCCCCGACCUCUGCUCUAACAUCCGCCCCAGCAUCUCAGCUGUCCCAACAUCUGCCCCUUUAUCUGCCCCAGCAAGUGUAGCUGCUCCUAACUCCUGUCCCAACACCUACUCCAACGACUAUCCCAACGGUUCCUGAAUACGACUCUUAGAGACUGGCUGCAAGUGGCUGAUUCAGCCAGUCCUACCCGGUGAAGGGGUAUCAGACCUCUCAUCCCUCCCCUCUAGCCACUGUCCUUCACCUGUUGCUCUCCCUUCCCUCCCCUCCCCUCCCCUCUUCCAUCACCUCCUCCCCACAUUUGCGUGUAUCAGUGAUUACCCGAGCCGCGUUCGGUGUGGCAGCCCCCACCCCCAUCACCAUCACUGUCCGAAGGUCUUGCACUAGCCACAGACACAUGGUGGACGCAAUCACUGGCUGCCGGUCGAUACUGCAGACUGUUCUGGAGGGCUGUGAACGAUUCCGAGAUAAGCUGGGUGAGAGGAGGGCAGGUGUUCUGGGGUCUGCUCCCUCACCCUCACCCCUCCUCCCUAACACCCUCUCCAUUCAGGGUCACAGCCAGUCAGUGCAGCCAGGUGCUAGUGCAGGCAAAGGGGAGCAUGUUGCUGCUGGUUUGCCAGCUUCCCGUGGGAUUUAUGAACCUCUCAUCAUCUUCACAGUACCCCCACCAUCCAUUGUUGGCCUACCCUCCUCUACGAGAGUCUGUCCAAAUGUUUACUCUCAAACCUGAAGCACAAAUAACUGGAGUGAAAGGUUUCUGCCAGUGAGGGUGUGUGUGCACACUAGUGAGAUUGGGGUUGGUGUGUACACAGUAGUGAUAUUGGUGUUGGUAUGUAUACACUUUAAUAUGUGGGUGGGUGGCAAAUACUGGUGAGAGUGUGUGUGAGUGUGCACACACUAGUGAGGUUUGGAUGGGUGUGCAAACACGUGAAAGUUUGGAUGUGUGUACAUACUGGUGAAAGUAUAGAUGUGUGUGCAAACACUAGUGAAUGUGUGGUGUGUGUGCUCAUUCCAGUGAGAUUGUGGUGUGUGUGCAAACACCACUGAAUGGGUGUGUGUGCACACACUAGUGGGAGUGGAUGUGUACACACUAGUGAGAUUGGGGUGAGAGUGCAUUCUGGAGUGUGAUUGGGGUGGGUGGACUCAUCCUAAUGUAAGUGUGGGUGUGUGUGCAUGCACCAGAGAGAUUGGGGUUAGUGUGCAUACACUAGUGUUAUAGGGGUGGGUGUGUACACACUAGUGAGGUUGGGGUGGGUGUGCACACAUUAGUGGAAGUGUGGAUGGGUGUGUACCCACUAGUGAGAUUGGGGUAGGUGUGCACAUGCUAGUGAAAGUGUGGGUAUGUGUGUAUUCCUUAGUAAGAUUGGGAUGGGUGUGCACACACUAAUGAAAAUGUGGGUGGGUAUGUACACACUAACAAGGUUAGUACACACACUAGGACAGUGUGGAAAGGCGCUAUUUUCACAGACUAGUGAAAAUGUGGGUGAUUUUCACACAGUAGUGAGAUUGGGUGCGUAUGUGUGUACAUCAGUGAAAUUGUGGAUGGGUGUGCACACACCAGUAAAGGUGAGCUUACAGUGAGGUGGCGUACAUAUUGGUGAGUGUGUGCAAUAGUGAAGGUGAGAGUGCACACUACUGAGAGUGUGCAUAGUGAGAGUGAGUGUGCAUGCGCACGCUGCCUGACACCAUCGUAAGUGUGUGAGCUGUAGUGUGAGUGGGUGUGUCCCUGUCUGUUGGUGUCCAGAAGUCAGACAAAGGCCAGGCCAGGAAAAGCAGUGACAUGGAAGGUCACUUUGGGGAGAAUGGGUCAGAAGGUCAGAUGGGUGAAGUUGCUGGAAUGUGAUGCGAUGACAGUGCUAAUGUUGCGACAGCUGCAUUGGAUGGCGAUAGCACUAGGCCAUAGGCUGAAUGAGCCCUUUUAUUUCAGCCUCCCUCCUCACCUGCCUGCACCCUAGGGUGUUACUGGCAGAUGGUGACUCCCCAUUCCUUGGUCCUCCCCACCGGAGAUAUCUCUGAGCCCACCCUUCUAGUCUCACCCUGUACCCAGCCUGACCUGCCCUGCCCCGCAGAGUUACUGAGGUAGGACGUCCCCCUUGCCUGCACUGUGGAGACUAAUGGGUUAAAUUCUGGGUAUGUGGACAGAGCCCCACCCCUCAGUGACCAGGGGUGUGAGGAGAAAUGGUCCCUCAGCCGCAACCCCUUGCUGGCGGCUGCAGAAUUGCAUCACCUUCGACAGGGGUCUGCACAACUGGAUUUCGUGCCGCCAGUAUUGCAGGGCUGCAACUUCACCCUCCGCCAACAGCUGCAACACUGCAACUGCAUUUCCACCUUCCCCAGCGGCUGCACAACUGUAGCUCCAUCCUGCACCGGCAACUGCAAUUUGCAGCUCUACCCUCUCCGCCCUCUGUCAACACCAACACCAUCUCUGCCCACUGAAGCCGCAUGAUUGCAUCCCCAGUAUCUGCAGUUCCCCGCAUCAACAGCAGCAAUGGUGCAAUUGCCUCCACGUCAGCUGCAAGCCGCGGGGGCCGGAGCCCCGCACUGCGGCGGGUCGCUGUCGAACCAUUCAGGACAAAUCUCCAUGCAAUAUUGUAUCAGGUGGAUGUGUACAUGUCACAAAUCUGGGACUGCCG